AAAAACCCUACUUCUUUCUUCUCUGUAAGAAAAUUUCAUCUUCUUCAGCUUAUUAAACCCUAGCAAUGUCUGCUAUUGCUCGAUCGAAAUCGCGCAUCUUCUCCAUAAUUUCAAGGAGCAAUCGGCGAUUUUCUUCAAGUGUAGCUUCAGAACCUCCAAAGGAACCGAUAAUUUCAUCGUCUUCUCUGCUCAAAGAUCAGGCUCCGCCAUCUCAGAAUCCUCCUCCUCCUCUGGAAUCUUCUGUAGCUGAGAAUAAAUCAUGGAGUUUUCUCAAGUACAGUGUUAUUGCUGCUGUUACCGGUGGUGUUGCCACAGCUGGUUACGCUACCUAUGCAUACACAACGGAUGAAAUUGAGGAUAAGACCAAAAGUUUGCGUGAAUCUGCGAAAUAUGCUGUUGGAGAUGAUGCAUCUGCUUUGGAUAAAUUUCAAGCUUUACUAUACUCCUCGGCGAUGACAGUGCCUGCGAAGUUAGUUGAGUUAUACAUUGAGUUAAGGCGGUUGACAGAAGACCAAGUUCGAGGUUUUAGUGAACCAACAUCAGACAAGCUCCUGCCAGAUUUGCAUCCACUUGAGCAACAUGUCUUCACUCUUGUUCUCGAUCUUAGUGAAACAUUGAUAUACUCUGAUUGGAAGCGUGACAGAGGCUGGAGAACAUUCAAAAGACCUGGGGUUGAGGAUUUUUUGGAAUAUUUGGCUCAAUACUUUGAGAUUGUCGUAUAUUCUGAUCAACUAAGCAUGUAUGUUGAUCCUGUUAUCGAAAGAUUGGAUCCAAAGCACUGCAUCCGGUACAGACUAUCAAGAGGUGAUACUAGAUAUGUUGAUGGCAAACAUUUCAGAGAUCUUUCCAAGUUGAAUCGGGAUCCCUCAAAGAUAAUAUAUUUGAGUGGACAUGCACUAGAAAGUAGCCUACAACCAGAAAAUUGCUUAGAAAUAAAACCUUGGAAAGGAGAGGCUGACGAUACUGUGCUUUUGGAUCUUAUUCCAUUUCUUGAAUACGUUGCUAAACACAGGCCAGCUGAUAUCCGAGCUGUAUUAGCUUCAUACCAAGGACGUGAUAUUCCUAAAGAGUUUGUUGAGCGAUCUAAAGAGCACCAAAGGCGUAUGCAAGAGCAAAAGCAGCAUGGUCGAUUAUGGCGCCGCUAGAGAUAUGAGUUGGUUUUUGAGAGGCAUAAAUUUUAAAAAAAAACAACCUAAAAACUAUUCCUUUGUAAGAUUUAGAAUAGUUGAUAGAUAGACGUAAUACUACAAUCCCAUUUUUGUGUAGCCAAAAUAUUUGUGCCAGUUGAGAAUAGUUGAUCCUCUAACAACAUGCCUGCAUUCUUUUUCUCUUUGGUAAUAAUUAAGAAUGUCAAUGUUUGUGGGAGCAGCUGGUUGAUUCAGUAUGUAUUAUUCUCUGAAUUUCAAGACAUUAAGAUUGCAUCAUAUGAUUCAUAAGAUUUACUUAUAUGGAA